CUGCUAUCAGUAUUGAAGUGACCUGCAUUGAUUUAUUACAAGUAGAAGGACAUAAUUUGAUAGCUGCUGGAACCUUGAAUGGUGUGAUCAUCUUAUGGAAUUUUGUAACAUCUUGUGUCAAAGAAGUGUACCGACCUGAAGAUUGCUCCACUGGGGAUCCUGACUUGGAUCCCAAGCGCUUUAGAAUUAAUGACAUACUGUUCCUCUUUCGCACCCCUGAAUGUGCAAGGAGAUCAAGUCAGGAUUCCAUAUGCUCUUCUUCCCAGUGUGACUCAAGCAAGGGUCCACAGAGUAGCAAGGGAAGCAAGCAAAGCAUACCUGACAGUGAGGUUAAAGGUGAACAAACAGAUGUCAUGGUGGGAGAGCAACGGCCAGUGGACAAAAAGCAACUCAGAGAUAACAACCUACCAGAAACUCAGCCACCUAUCCUUGUCACCGCUCAUGAGGACGGACACCUCCGCUUGUGGACUCUAGAGGGAAGACUACUGAAAGAUAUGCUACCUUUCACAAAACAUUCCGCCAUUUCUCUGACAUCGCUGUAUACUGAUUCAUGUACCAGGAUACUACUGGCUGGAAAUGUGGAAGGACACAUCAUCCUUUGCACUAUUAGUUCUUUCCUGGAUCCACCUCAUGAUGAAAAGAAAUUCAAGCAGCGGCUCUCCUGGCGUGCUCAUUCUUUGGAAAUUAUUCAGAUAAUCUAUGUAGAAGACAAACAACUGGUACUUACUGCCUCUGUUGAUGGCUCAGUAAGGCUGUGGCAUGCCUUCAAUGGUCACUAUUGUGGAUAUUUUGGACAGCAAAGGAACUUUGACUUGUCACAGAUGAGAGAUUUCAUUUUGCCUUGUGAUGUUAAUGAAUAUCCCAUAGAGAUAAGAGAAGAAAGCAAGUUCACAGAGAAGAAGCAAAAAUAUGAAUACCCUCUGAUAUUUGACCGGGAAAGAUGGAAGAAAAUGAGCUCAAUGUCUUUACUUUUCAAACGUACUCCUCCCAAGCCCUUUGAAGUAGAACAGGAUUUCAAGUUUUUCAAGUCUCUUUCUUCUCCCAAGAAUCAAAGACAUGCCUUGGAAGGUUUUAUGUCUGAAAACAGAGAGGCAGGAAUUGUUUUUGGCUCUCUGCCUAUAUACAGGGUAUCAAGCCCCACGAGCCUACGAUUCCUUCCACUCAUUGGUGUUGAAAUACAAAAGGAUUUUUUAGAAGGCACUACAGAAAGAAAAAAGGGAUUUCACAUUCAACAUGAAAAGGCAUCACGGAAGAAAAGUUUGAAAAAGAAUUUAGUUCCACAGAUAAAUCUGGCUUCUUCCUUCUUCCCAGCCAUACAAAAGUAAAGGGAAAAAUCAGAAGUGGCCACUGUACAUAAAAUGGCGAGGUCUGGAUGAUGCUCACGUCUUUAUUUCACAAUGAGAAGGGGAAUUCAGCAUAUACUGUCGGUUGUCUUUGUGUCCUCAGGCCAUCCUGUUGGGGAAGAUUGUGGAGCUCUGGUGACCUCAACUCUGAAUAACAAGCAAGGAGCAAGCAGCCGGACAUUUAGGCAGUGUUUCUUGCUUACUGUCAGCAAACUGACACAUAAGAAAACAAAUGAAACCAAUAGUACAAGUAGAUGAAGUAGAUGUAAAAAAUAUGGUUACCAGUGAUUAGCUCUCCACAUCCUCCUAUUGUUAACCUUAAUCCAGAACCUGAAUUAUUGUCAGAACAUGUGCAGUCAGAGGCAAAUCACUUGUGUGUCAUGCUAUGUGGUAUACAAAAAGAAUUAUUACUCAAAAGAAAAAUGUACCUGUC